UCUUUCACAACUACAUACUUUUUUGUGUCUUUCAUUUCAUUUUCUCUCGUUGCUUUCUUGAAUAUUUUUGUUUCUUUAAUUCUUUUUUAAAGAAAAUCUCUAAGUUUUUGAGUUAAUUAUGAAUCCCUCAGCUCCAUUUUACGAUGAAAAACCAACGACCGGCUUCCCUGUGCCUCCAGCGAGCUACGGCCAAUUUCAAGCUAAUCAUCCCGGAACUUGGUCUACUGGACUCUGUGAUUGUUUCUCCGAUGUCCCAAACUGUUGCAUAACUUGCUGGUGUCCAUGUAUUACAUUUGGACAGAUUGCAGAGAUCGUGGACAAAGGAACUACUUCUUGUGGGGCAAGUGGAGCUCUGUAUUGCUUAAUAGCAGCAUUUACAGGGUGUGGAUGUAUUUAUUCAUGCUUUUAUCGUACAAAAAUGAGGAAACAAUACAUGUUGCCUGAGAGUUCUUGUGGGGAUUGUUUGCUUCAUUUUUGCUGUGAAAGUUGUGCUUUGUGCCAAGAGUAUCGUGAGCUCAAACACCGUGGAUUUGACAUGUCAAUUGGUUGGCAUGCAAAUAUGGAGGACCAAAACAGGGGGAUCGCAAUGGCUCCACAAGUUCAAGGAGGAAUGACUCGAUAAAUGGAUAAUAAAACUUUGACCUGUUCAGUUGCGAUAGUAUUGCUUUAUUUUUAUAUUUUUAAUGUUUUUACUUAAUGAGAGAA